GAACGCGCCUACGGCAGUCAGCUCCUCCGCGGCGAAGGUGCUGCCAUGGCUGCCUUCCUCCAGGACGAGGACGGCGUCAACGCACGCAUCCCGCGCCGCGGUGAGAUCGGCCUCACGAGCGACGAGAUCGCGAAGUACGAGGACGCGGGCUACGUGAUGAGCGGCAGCCGCCACCGGCGCAUGAACGCGGUCCGGAUGCGCAAGGAGAACCAGGUCAUCAGCGCGGAGGAGAAGCGCGGGAUCUUGAAGCUGCAGAAGGAGGAGCGCGAGCGGCGGGAGGCGAUUCUCAGGGAUGAGUUCGGCGAGCUGGUUAGGGAGAAACUCAAGGGAGCGGGCGCAGCGACGGACGGGCCGUAG